UCAGGAUGUGGAGGAGGCCCUUAGUUUGCUGGCGGUUUGUCAGCGACCGAUCCCGGUGUCGGCGCUUGUUUCCUAUCUCCACGCCAUGGCCAAGCUUUCCGAUGGCGAUGCCUUCGGUCCAGUGGAAGGUUUAGAGACCCUGGCCUGCGACCCGCGGCUGGUGGGCCUGCUGAUGGAGCUCAGGCAGAGGGCGCAAGAGUUGACCACCUCACGGAGCAUGAUGCGUGUGGUGUGGGCCCUGGGCAAGCUGAGCCUGAAGGGCAAGGAAGUCCAGGCCAUCAUCGGCCACAUCGCUUUGCUGGCCCCGCCGCGUCUUUCGCAGUUCUCGUCGCAGGAGCUGUCGAACAUGCUUUGGGGCCUCGCAAGGAUGAACGACGGCGUCAAACUCCAGGUCCAGGAAGCAAUACCGCUCGCGUAUGCUGUUAUGAAAGCAGGUGCUUCGCGGCUUCAUAGCUUCAGCAUCCAGUGCCUCACCAACAGCAUUUGGGCUGUCGCCAAGCUUGGGCUCCGCGGCCAGGAGGCCAACGUAUUUGCACGGGAGUGCAUCCUUCAGAUCCACUCCGUGAUGUUCAAGGAGAUGUCCCCACAGGGCCUUGCCAACAGCCUCUGGGCAUGUGCCAAGCUCCAGUGUGACAGAGAGCCCGUGUUGGAGCCGGAGGUGGCCAACCGCUUCUGCGUGGACGCUGCCCGCCGUGCCACGGCCUCGGAGGACCUGCUGCAGCUCUUCUUCCCCCAGGAGCUGUCGAUGGCGCUUUGGGGCAUCGCGAAGCUUGUGGGCCGAAGGAGCCGCACAAGCUCCGGCACCCAAGUUGAUGACAUCGAGAGGUUCGCGGCCGCCGUGGCGAGGGAAGGGCAGCAGCGCAUCGCGGACUUCAGCCCGCAGGGCGUCUCCAUUGUCGCCUGGGCACUGGCCACUUUGGACCUGGCGGAUUUGCCGGAGACCUUCCGCUUCUUCGAGGCGGCCACGGAGGUGGCAGCGAGAGAGAUUGAGCAGUAUCCGCCGCAGGCAAUUGCCAAUUUGUGCUGGGCGUUGAAUCGAGUCCGCUACAAGCACAGCGUGCUCUCCAGUUUCGGCAAGGCGGCUGCACUGGAAGCACAGAAGCGGAUGGACCAUUUCUCUUGGCAGGACUUUUCAGGCAUCCUCAGCGCCUUGAUGAACCUGGGGCCGCAAGUGUCUGAGGAGGUGCGGAGCCUGGCUAAGAAACUCGUGGAGAAAGCAAGCAAGGAAUGUUCCAAGAUUGGAACACAGGCGAUCCUGAAUCUUGCUCUCUCUGCUGUCCGACUCAGACUUGAAACGGAGGUUGUGAGGCCGCUGGCACUGGGCAUUAGCGAAACCUUUGCAGUCCGCGGCCAGAGCCUGAACGACAUCGACAUGAGGCAGUGGCAGGAGAUCCAGCGCUAUGUUGGCUUGGAAGGUGGCUUCGAGAAAGGCAGGAGGAGCAACCGAGGCAACAGGAGGAAGCGGCUGUGAUGCCCCAUGGCCACGAGGAUGAUGAUCCCUCGUCAGAUCGAACCAGACAAGGCCAGUGCUUUGGGGUUGUGGCAAGAGGCCCAAUGCCACAUAGCUUUUGUCAUAUUUGACCACAUCCCAGUGGAGAGCCAGCUGUGCAGAGGCAAUGCUUUCCUUGAUCCGCCCACGCUGUUUUGAUCAGCGGCCCAUGGAUUUUGCUGGCCCGAGGGUUUUCCGAGGCGCCUAAAAUGGGGCCGCGAGGACACCACUUGGUCCCGGGAUUGGUUCUCGGUUCAAGAGCUGCCUGCGGGCUUGCUCGACAUUUGUGGGGCUAUGGAGACCAAUCAUUCUUCCAUGUUUUUGUCACACCCUGGGACUGCACAGCUUGACA